AUGUCGUCGUCAGUAGUUGCGUCAACUCGUGAAGGAGUUCCACUGCGUACUGUUAAAGUGAAUACCAAGGGUGGGAGAUACGAUGUAGUCGUUGGUCGAGGCAUAUGCACUUCACCGUUAUUCAAGGAACUUGUCUCGGAAGUUUGCACAGAGGAAAAGCAGCGUGUCACUAAAUUCUUCGUUUUCGUUGAUGCUAAUUUGCUGGGCCUCAACAGUGCUUUGGUGACCAGCAUCGAGGUUGCUCUAGCUUCCAUAGUAGGCGGUGAUAAUGUGAACCUUAUGUGUAUUCACAGUGGCGAGGUGGGGACAACAUUGCCAUUCGUCAUCUCUCAUCGAGGUGCUGUCUUGCAGGCUUCGAAAUGUCGAGACCAGAAGGCCGAAAUUGAAGAUCUCUUAUCACGGAAAGGCGCUGAUCGUCGCGCGGUCCUGGUUGCCCUCGGUGGCGGUGUUAUAGGAGAUCUCAUCGGUUUUGUUGCAGCAUCUUAUUAUAGAGGAAUUAGAUUCAUUCAGGUUCCAACGACAGUGUUGUCCAUGGUAGACUCCUCUGUUGGUGGCAAGACUGCAGUUGAUACACAAUUCGGCAAGAACCUCAUAGGUGCUUUCUGGCAACCGAUUCUCGUGGUGGCAGAUAUCGCCUUUCUUGAUACGCUACCGGUCCGCCAAGUCCGUUCUGGUAUUGCGGAGAUCGUCAAGGCUGGCAUGUGCGCUCGCCCGGAGUUGUUCGCGGAGCUCGAGUCGCUACUGUCGAGCAAAGGCGUUGAAGGGCUGGUCCAAGAUGAUGAUGAGUUUAGGGAUAUGAUUGUUGCAGGAAUUGAUUAUAAAAGAAGUGUGGUAGAGGAGGAUGAGAGGGACAAAGGCCUACGAAACGAGCUCAACUGGGGGCAUACAGUUGGCCAUGCUAUCGAGGGAAUGGGUGUCACGGGGCUACAUCACGGGGAAUGUAUAUCGAUUGGGAUGGUCUACGAAGCCAUGGCGCUGAGAGCUCAAGGGCAGCUUUCGAAUGUUGCCGUACAACGUUUGGAGAAAGUAUUGAAGUGCUGUGAUCUUCCCACAGUGCUGCCGCCUGGUGCAGAGGAGAAUCGAGAGGAGCUUAUGAGGCGUAUGAAACGCGAUAAGAAAAAUAGAGGCGGAGCGAUACAUGUUGUUGAUGUGAGGGACAUAGGAAGGUGUGAGGGCGACAGUAGGACGGUGCCGGUGCCUGAUAGGAUACUCAAACGGGUCUUGUCUUCUGCGGUGACCAUCUCGGGGUCAGCGCUGGUGAAGUCUGGACAGAAGUUGGGUCCAUCGGGUGGUGGAGUUUUGGAGCUCCCUGGUUCGAAGUCUAUAUCCAAUAGGGCGCUGGUCUUGGCAGCUCUGGCUGAAAAGCCUGGAGGAAAGUGUCGGGUCUUCAACCUUACCCCAUCUGAGGACAUCAGGGUGAUGCUGGCUGCCUUGUCCAAGUUGGGAGUAGACGUGAAGUACCUCUCGGAAGGUCCAGAGUCUGGUCUCAAUGUGGAGCUGAGAUGUCCUGGAGGUUCCUUGACGUUAUUGCACGAUACGGCUAAGGCGGGUGUCACCACUGUGUGGGUGGAAAACGCUGGGACUGUUGCGAGGUUUAUCACGCCGUUGUUGGGGUAUUUGGUGGCUACUUGUAAGGACCCGUCAGCAGCAGUAGUGGUGGACGGCAAUGAGAGGAUGAGAGUUCGGCCAGUUGAAGACUUGGUGAACUGCAUGCAACGAGCUUUCAAAGGGGUCAGGGUUGACUAUGUUGGUCCGACACAAGGUUGUUUGCCCUUGAAGAUCACCAAGGCUCGGAAGAGGUCUGUUGCUGAUGCCUCGGAAGGCUCUCAGACCUCCUCUGGUUUCCCCUGUGGGACGGUAGAUCUGUCCAGCAAGGUCUCAUCCCAGUUCGUGUCGGGAAUGCUGUUGGUGUCAAGUUUGGCUAGGGGAGGGGAGGAGGAGGGGUUUACUCUGCGGUUGGAGGACACUCGCGGGGGCAAGGCAGUGUCGCAGCCCUAUAUAGACAUGACAUGUCGAGUGAUGGAGGAGUUUGGGGUUAAGGCACUCCCAGAGACUGACUCGGAUGGUCGUCUCUACUAUAAGGUAGCUGCUGGCCAGAAGCUGGUGGCACCUGGCACGUAUAGGGUGGAGGCUGACGCCUCAGCCGCGAGUUACCCUCUGGCCAUUGCUGCUGCUACCGGUUGCGAGAUUACUGUGAAUUUGCCGUACCAGAGUUUGGGGAGUCGGCCUGUGCAAGGGGAGACACUUUUUGUGUCGAAGAUUCUGAAACCGAUGGGAUGCCAGGGCGAGAGUUGUAUUACAAACGUGGCCAACCAGCGAGUAAAGGAGUGUGAUCGAAUAGCAGCGAUGGCUGAGAAUAUUAAUUUGUGUUUCCACUCUAAAGUGGCUGAGGAGCGUCCGGAUGGUCUCGUCAUACACGGAGGCUCGCCUGUCGUUGAUGGACUGCAGUCGGUGACUACAGACAGCCACGACGACCAUAGGGUGGCGAUGGCGAUUGCUGUGCUCGCCACGAGAUUCCCACCAGAAAUGGUAUGCAUUAGUCAGCCGAGGUGCGUGGAAAAGACUUUCUCGGAUUUCUGGGAUGUCCUCGAGCUACAGUUGGGCAUUACACCAGUGUCGGCAGCCCCCGAUGAGAAUCGAUGUGAAGGUGGCUAUGACGAUGUGGCGAUGGAUGGGGCUGGGGGACUCUCACCACCGAGGAAGGUGUUCCUCAUUGGUAUGAGGAACUGUGGGAAGACCAGUAUAGGCCGCGAAUUGGCAUCUGCCUUGGCUGGAGGUUUCUGGACAUGGACGCUGAGUUGGAGAAGGAGCCUCGGCGUGACGCUGUCGCAGUUUGUGAAGGAAAAAGGAUGGAAAGAAUUCCGUCGAGUAGAAGUGCAGCUACUGCAGUCAGUUUUACAAGGUGAGGAGGAGCGUUGUAUUAUCUCUUGUGGUGGCGGUAUAGUAGAAAUGCCGCAAGCUGUGAGCAUUCUUGGGCAACAGCGCUAUGUUGUGUGGCUGAGAAUGGAUGAAGACGAUGUUGUGGCAGCUAAUACGGGGCCGGACGGUAAGCCCGCGUAUGGCGAGCCUGUUGAGGACGUAUACAGACGGCGAAGGGAUAAAUUCGCUGAGGCGAGCAAAUACGAGGUUCAUCUUCCUCGCCGACCAGCUGCUGUGGAGCAGUUGCCAGCUCAUGUUGCUUCAUGUCGGUCUAUGGCAGACCCUGGAGACUGUAUACGACAGUUACAGUAUGCGUCUACAGCGGCUGGGAAGUUGCCUGUCAUUGCUACAUUGCGGAGUUCCUCUGAAGGCGGCCAGUUUGAUGAGAGUGAUGAACUGUAUUGGGACUUCGUUAAGCGAGUUUCUCGAUCUUGUUGUAUAUCAUAUGUUGAUAUCGAGGUUAGCCGAUGCUCAGAGUCUUCCUUCCCGGCCCCUGUUACUGGUGUUGGCUACGUGGCUAGUCGGCAUUUCCUAAGGCCUCCUACAGGAGGACGAAUAGAGGUCUGUCGAGCUUUUGAUGAGGUGCUUCAACCAUGGUGGUCAGCCGUCGGUAAGGUCGUGUUCACUGCCUCUUCGGAGUCUGAUGCAAGUCUGAUAACUGCUGUACAGGAGGAGAAGCUCCAAGGGACUUCUAAGCCAUCCGUAGGGCUGUGCAUGGGCCCACGCGGUGUGAUCUCGAGAAUCAUGAAUCCCUACUGGACGCCAGUUCGGCACCCAGCGAUGAAGGCAGCAGCUCCUGGUCAGCUAUCACUGGGGGAACUAAAGAGCAUGCGAGAGGCCUUGAACAUCGGAAUGGGCGUCGCUGAGAAGACGGCUAGGAGGUUCCGGACAUUAGUCUCGAAAGAAGGUCUACAAUGUUGCGAGGCGGCCGGCUACCCGAAAUUCACCGUGGAGGACUUCAUGGAAGCUUUCUUGGAGGAGAUUGACAAACUUGAUGACACUGGAACUACGGCAGCUGGCGAAAUCAGCAGUGACAACGACGCUUAUAUAGUCACCUUCUUGAGAUGCCUAUCGAGUUCCGUGCUGAAGCUCCACCGUGAGGAGUAUGCACCCUUCCUCAGUCCUGAGUACCCUACUAUUGACCAAUACUGUGCGACAGAGGUAGACCCUAUGUAUAGGGAGGCCGACCAGCUACCCAUCGUAGCACUAUCGCGGGAUGGUGACUUGGACGGCACUUCAGCAGUUGAGGUCAGACUUGACCUGUUGAAGGACCCUGGAGACUGUAUACGACAGUUACAGUAUGCGUCUACAGCGGCUGGGAAGUUGCCUGUCAUUGCUACAUUGCGGAGUUCCUCUGAAGGCGGCCAGUUUGAUGAGAGUGAUGAACUGUAUUGGGACUUCGUUAAGCGAGUGCUUCAGCCAUGGUGGUCAGCCGUCGGUAAGGUCGUGUUCACUGCCUCUUCUGAGUCGGAUGCAACUCUGAUAACUGCUGUACAGGAAGAGAAGCUUCAAGGGACUUCUAAGCCGUUAGUAGGGCUGUGCAUGGGCCCACGCGGUGUGAUCUCGAGAAUAAUGAAUCCCUACUGGACGCCAGUUCGGCACCCAGCGAUGAAGGCAGCAGCUCCUGGUCAGCUAUCACUGAUGGAACUAAAGAGCAUGCGAGAGGCCUUGAACAUCGGAAUGGGCGUCGCUGAGAAAACGGCUAGGAGGUAUUUCGUAUUUGGAAGUCCUGUAACGAAGUCUCCCUCGCCGGCCCUCCAUAACCACAUUUUCAAGACAUUCGGAUUGCCUCACGAAUACUCGAGGUUCGACACGGCUAAGGUGGAGGAAGUCCUUUCUGUGAUGGCUGGGGAGGACUUCGGUGGCGCGAGCAUCACGAUACCGCUGAAGGAAAAGGUGGGUCCGGUUCUUGUGGAGUUCAUGCUAGCCUGUGGACUCGUCGUUUUAGGGGUCUUUGCUGCCGUCGCUGAUGGAGCUCGUGGGAAGGUAUCGGAGUUGGCCUCGGCUGCCCAAGCGGUGAACACUAUAGUCAAGCACGACGACGGUUCACUGUCGUUCCACAAUACGGAUACACUGGCUUUGGCAGAGUCCAUACGCACUAAGGCGGCGUUGGCGUCGACAUGCCUGGUGGUUGGCACUGGGGGAGCCGCCAGAGGGGCGUGCGCUGCGGCGGAGUUGCUGGGCAUGGACAAGAUAUACGUGUGGGGAAGGGACGCGACGAAGGCCGCGAACCUGGCGAAGGACUUCGAGAACGGUGAAGUGUGCCCAUCAGAGCCUGGCAACGACGGCUUUGAUGUCAUCAUUGGCUGCGUUCCGGCACAAGACUCGCAAAUGUGGCCAACUUGGUGGUUUUCCAAGGACACACUUAUACUCGAGAUGGCGUACAUUCCUCAGAAAACACCGCUGACGAGAGCAGCAGAGGACCAGGGAUGUCGCAAUAUCGUCUAUGGUCUCGAGAUACUGGUGAGCGUUGUUGUUGUUGCUGCUGCUGUUGCUGUUGUUGUUGUUGUUGUUGUUGUUGUUGUUGUUGUUGUUGUUGUUGCUGUUGUUGUUGUUGUUGUUGUUGUUGUUGUUGUUGCUGCUGCCGCUGCUGCUGCUCUUGCUGUUGUUCUUGUUGUUGUUGCUGCUGCUGUUGUUGCUGCUGCUGCUGUUGUUGUUGUUGUUGUUGCUGCUGCUGUUGCUGUUUUUGUUGUUUUUGUUGUUUUUGUUGUUUUUGUUGUUGUUGUUGUUGUUGUUGUUGUUGCUGCUGCUGCUGCUGUUGCUGUUGCUGUUGUUGUUGUAGUUGCUGCUGCUGGCGCUGCUGUUGUUGCUGCUGCUGUUGCUGCUCCUGCUGCUGCUGCUGCUGCUGUUGCUGUUGUUGUUGCCGCUGCUGUUGUUUCUGCUGCUAUUGUUAUUGUUGUUGCUAUUGUCAUGCAGGGCAUAGAACAGAGUAUGCAGUGGACGGGCAUGCCCAGGGAAGCUUUUGGGAACGAUGUUUACGCCCCUGUGGUACAGUUUUAUGCACAGUCGAACCAGUAA